AUGGCGGGCCUGGGCAUUCCAGUCAAGCUCCUGCACGAGGGCAUUGGCCACACGGUCACCUGUGAGCUCAAGACGGGCGAGAUGUACCGCGGUCACUUGAUGAACUGUGAGGACAACAUGAACGCCAUGUUGGAGGGUGUUACUGUGACAGGUCGCGAUGGUAAGGUCACAAAUCUGGAGCAGGUGUAUCUACGGGGCUCGCAGAUUCGAUACUUCAUCCUCCCGGACAUGCUUCGUCACGCACCCAUGUUCAAGAAGAAGGGCCGUGGUGCUGGUCGUGGCGUCUAUGGCCCGGGUGGCAAGGGACGUGGCAAGGGCCUGGCUGCUCGCGCACGAACCGCCGCCGCGGCCACACGGAAGUAA